UGGAUUUUGAAUUUCAAUUGAUAAACCCGUCGAUUGCCAAACCAAACCCAUUUUGUAAACCAAACACCACCUGGUCUAAAUUCCCGGUCACAAACAUAUUUGGCGGCCCCUCUCUCUAAGAUAGAUAUUCGAAAAUUAGGGCUCCCAAUUAAUAAAUCAAUCAAAGCUUACAAUGGCGAGUGACGCAGACAUGAGCAGCUGGACAGAUCUUUUACAUUCUUCUUCUAAGCUUGUUGAACAAGCUGCUCCUUCCGCUCAGUUUCCUCCUCUCCAGAGAAACUUGGAUCAAUUAGAAGCAUUAUCAAAGAAGCUCAAGUCCAAAACCCUAAGAACCGAAGCUCCCUCUCAUUCUAUUGCCGCUACUCGGUUACUUGCACGUGAAGGGAUAAAUGCUGAGCAACUGGCACGUGAUCUUAAAUCAUUUGAAUUGAAGACAACUUUUGAGGAUGUUUUCCCUGCUGAGGCUACAAGUGUUGAGGAAUACUUGCAACAGGUUCAUGAAAUGGCAACGGUGUCCGCUAUUCAGGAAGCCCAAAAAGAUAAUCUCAGAAACUUUGGUGACUAUAUGAUGACAGUUUUAGAGGAUGACUGGCAAAAGGAAAAAAGGGACUUUCUUCACAGUCUGAGCCGCAUUUCAACAUUACCAAGGACCAACAUGAAUGAGUCGAGCGUUGGUGCUAGCCGUUCAGGACCAAUACUAUCUCUAACAUCUAGUCCUCAUGUUUCAUCUGGUCCUUCUAGCAUGGAGAUUGUGCCAACAGCUGAUAAGCCAGCCAGUGAUAAAAAGUCUGCAGCAUAUGGGGAGGUGGUGAGGACUCUCAAUGAUGCCAGACAGCGUGGUUUAGCAUAUAAACCGGCUACUGCUUUUAAGAGUGCAUAUGAAAGUCUUGGACUUGAUUCUUCUGGUGGGAAAUCUGUUACCAUGGGCAAGAUAUGGCAUCUAACUCAGACUUUGAUGGGUGAGAAUACAAAUGUUCAAAGAAAUGUUUCAAAGAAAAUGUUGCUAGUAAUUGGUGCAAGGCGACACCUGGAGUGGGGGCAUGAGAAGUAUAUCAUGGAAAUGAUACAAAGUCAUCCAGCUCAGGCUGCUUUGGGUGGAGUGGUUGGCAACUUGCAACGGAUUCAUGCUUUUCUUAGGAUACGUCUGAAAGACUACGGUGUUCUUGAUUUUGAUGCAAACGAUGCUCGUAGGCAGCCUCCUGUUGAUACCACUUGGCAGCAGAUAUAUUUUUGCUUGAGAACUGGGUACUAUGAUGAUGCAAGGGAGAUCGCUUCACGAUCUCGUGUUUCUCAUCAAUUUGCGUUACAGCUGGCAGAAUGGAUCACAAAUGGAGGCAUGGUUUCAUUGGAGACUGCCUCUAUUGCAGCCGAGGAAUGCGAAAAAAUGCUAAGAAUGGGUGAUCGAGCCGGCCGCGGUACUUUUGACAAGAAAAAGUUACUUCUGUAUGCACUCAUAUCUGGGUCGCGCAGACAAAUUGAUCGCUUACUGAGGGAGCAACCUACGCUUUUCAAUACAAUAGAGGAUUUCUUGUGGUUCAAGUUAUGUGCGGUUCGAGACUCUUCUGGGGGACCAAGCUCUGCUAUUUCAAACGAUGGACUAUCACCGUACUGUUUGGAUGAUUUACAGGCAUACCUAAACAAAUUUGAACCGUCGUACUAUACAAAGAAUGGGAAGGACCCUUUAGUUUAUCCGUACGUGUUACUGCUGAGCAUACAGUUGGUGCCAGCUGUAUUAUAUUUGUCAAAGGAUAUCGGAGAUGAGGGAUAUAACGUAGAUGCCGCCCAUAUAGCAAUUGUGCUGGCAGAUCAUGGUGCUUUAUCUGAUGUUGGUGGAGCAGGUCAUAAGUUAGGGGUAAUGGAUGCUAUAGCUGAGUCAGCUAGCAUUAUUAGACAAUAUGGAUCUUUAUACUUGCGACACAAUAAUCUUUCCAUGGCAUUGGAAUAUUAUGCACAAGCUGCUGCCACAGUGGGUGGUGGACAUCUGUCUUGGUCUGGAAGAGGAAGUGUUGAUCAGCAAAGGCAGCGGACCUUGAUGUUACAACAGCUUCUUAUGGAGAUACUAUUACGUGAUGGUGGCAUUCUUCUGUUACUUGGACCGAGGGGGGCAGGAGAAGACGGUGAAUUAGGACGGUUUUUGAAUAAUCGAAAAGAGAGGCACCAGUUUUUGGUGGAAGCUGCUCGCCAGUGUCAGGAAGCUGGGCUUAAUGACAAAUCUAUAGAAAUUCACAAGAGAAUCGGGGCAUUUUCAGCUGCACUGGAUACCAUAAACAAGUGUCUUUCUGAAGCUAUCUGUUCAUUAUCACGUGGUAGACUUGAUGGUGAUAGUCGGACAGCCGGACUUGUUCAUUCUGGAAAUGAGUUGUUGGAGACCUUCAAAUACGAGCAGAAUAUUAGUCUCCAAGAGAGAGAACAUGUAUUAGAGCAAGAAACUUUGUUAAGACAGCUUGAGACAAUUUUGUCUAUUCACAAAUUAGCAAGGCAAGAACAUCAUCUAGAUGCUCUAAGGGAGGUAGCCAAGCUUCCAUUUCUUCCUUUUGAUCCCCGAGCCCCUGAUACUGCAACAGAUGUCUUCCAAAAUUUGUCUCCCUAUGUCCAAGCUUGUAUUCCAGACCUUCUCAAGGUCUCCCUUCAGUGCAUAGACAAUCUCAGAGAUUCAGAUGGGUCUCUUCGUGCAUUGAAAACCAAGAUUGCCAAUUUCCUUGCAAACAAUUCAAAUCGCAAUUGGCCACGUGACUUAUACGAGAGAGUAGCUCGAACUUUGUGAAACCAAAGUUUUAUGUGUUCUGUUUAUGACAUGUUAUUGAACUUAUGAGAUCUGUUUUGGUGAGUGAGUAGAGAAAGCAACAGAUAUUUAGAGAAUUUUAUCGGAAUGUACGAGUAUAAUAGUGCAUAUGUUGCUAUUGUAGUAGUGUUAAAUCCCAAUAUCGAAGUUCUUUUC